CCGAGAGAAAUUGAUAUGAUCCGAUCUUCCGGUAUCAACGAGAAUAAUGUCGCAUUUUUACACAAUGUUGGAGAAAAUUCCUGGUGCUCAGGAACAUCAUAUAUUUACAGGCAGAUAUUAUACAAGUUAUACCUUGUCGGAAGAAUUACGGAAACUGAAAUAUCAUUUGAUCAGGACGAUCCUAACAAAUAUGUAGAAUUUGCCAAAUCUUAUAAAGAAACCAAAAUUUUGUAACAGAUCUAUAAUAGCAUGCUGGGAAGGCAAUACUUUAGUUUUAGCACUGGAAGACAAGACGGUCGUGACAUGUCUAAACAAUUGGUAUAAUCCAGGAUUGACACCUAUAAAAAUAAUUUUACGAGGUAGAGUUGAAGUUAAAGUGAAAAAACCCAAUGCUAUAAUAAAUUACAUAAUAUAUAUGGCUGGCGUUGAUCGUACCGACCAAUAUGCCUCAACAUACUGUCUCUUAAGGAAAUCCUUGAAAUGGUCGUGAAAAGUAUUUUUUUGGAUCCUAAAAGUAGAUAUAAAUGGAAAACUACAUGUUAUUUUAACAAGAAUUAGGGAGAAUUGCAGGGUCUGCUCUCGAUGAAAUGAGUCCAGCAAAACACUAAUAUUUAAGAAAUUUUCCUCUUUGAGAAAUAAACAUACAUGAAAAUGAAAAAUAUAAAAGUUUUAUAAUUAAUUCUAAGUUAGAGAUAAGGAAUUCGCUAAAUAUGCUAAUUCAUCUGAGAUAAAAGUAACCUCGAGUCCAAAAGGUUAAUUUAAGUAUUCAUAAAGGUUAAAAGUAAGUAUUCGCUGUACUGAAUGUCAUUGAAAUUAGUGAAAUUAGUGUAAUUAGUGAAAAAGUUAUUUCUCAAACAUUAUUCUGAAUAACCACACAUGCUUAUAAUGGAUAAUAAAAAUUUAUCCCAUAUUUUAUGUUCGGUGGAUAACGGAAUACUAAAUAUUAGAUUAAAUCGACCAAAAAAUAAAAAUGCUAUUACUAUUUCUAUGUACAAGGAUUUAAUAAAAAUUCUACAUGAAUCUAUUCACAAUAGUACUAUAUAUGUUGUCACCUUAACUGGUAAUGGAAGUUUUUUUAGUAGUGGCAAUGAUUUUAAAUCUUCAUUAACAAGACAAAAUCAAGGUGAUUUUGAUAUAAAAAGUAUAAUUAAUGUCUUUAAAGAAUUUAUAGAAAUGUUAAUUAGAUAUCCUAAACUUUUAAUAGCUAUUGUAAAUGGUCCUGCAAUUGGAAUUGCAGUAACAAUGCUUCCAUUAUUUGACAUUGUAUAUGCAGCAGAUAGUGCUUAUUUUGAAACACCAUUUACAAGAUUAGGCCUUAGUGCAGAAGGAUGUUCUACAUAUACAUUUCCUAAUAUAUUUGGGAAGUCUAAGGCUAGUGAAAUGUUAUAUUUAGGAUAUAAAAUGAGUGCACUUGAAGCUAAACACUAUGGUUUCAUUAAUGAAGUAUACAAAGAUCAAAAUUUAGAUGAAGUUUGGACCUAUUUAAAAAAGUUGACUAAACUUUCAUUAGAGUCUAUAUUGGCGAUUAAAUGUUUAGUUAACAGAUGGAAUCAGGACAUUUUAUUGAAAGUUAAUGAAGAAGAAAUAACUGAACUUAUAAAACGUUUACAAUCUCCUGACUGCAUAGAAAGAUUAAUAAGUGUUAUACUACAUAAAAACAAACUUUAAGUAUUUGCUAUCAUUAUAUAUAUAUAUAAUUAUUGUGUUUUCAUGACAUGAAAUAUAAAUAUUUGUUUUAUCAUUUCAA